CCGAGGGUCGCGCUUUCCUCCGUCUCGUUGGUCGCCUGAGCCUUCGCGGACGCCGUUGUCAGCUGACCUGACUAGGAACGGCUGCAGGCACGGAACUCGGAAUACUGGCUUUUUGGGUGGCUGGGCGCCGCCAUGGCUCCGGACCCCUGGUUGUCGAUGUAUGAAUCCACUUGCCAUACUGCCCAAGAGGUUGCUGAAAAAAUUCAAGAACGCAAUCGAUGUCAGAGGAAUGGUGAAAGUACAACUAAGCUCAAUGUUUCCAUCAGGUCACUGUUGCAAAACCUCAAAGAAAAGACGGAGCGUCUGAAGGACCUCUUGCUUCACUCUGUAUCAACACGUCAGAUAACACAACUUGAAGGGGACAGGCGGCAGAACUUAGUGGAUGACCUCCUCACGCGACAUCGUCAUCUUCAGGCAUCUUUCAAAAAUGAGGGGACAGAACCGGAUGUGAUAAGGUCUAGCCUAAUGGCUGGAGGGGUCAGACAAGGUGUCGUAAACCCAUGGCUUGUGGAGGAGCCUGAGGAAACAAGAGGGCUUGGCUUUCAUGAAAUCCAGCAGCAGCAACAGAGAAUUAUAGAAGAGCAAGAUGCUGGUCUUGAUGCUCUCUCUUCUGUCUUAGCCCGUCAAAAACAGAUGGGGCAGGAAAUUGGGAAUGAGUUAGAGGAACAGAAUGAAAUCAUCGACGAUAUCACCAAUUUAGUAGAAAAUACCGACAACAAGCUGCGCAACCAAACCAAGCGUGUAAUGACAGUGGACAGAAAAUCAUCUUCUUGUGGGAUGAUGGUGGUGAUCGUACUACUGCUGAUUGCGAUAGUCGUCGUUGCUGUGUGGCCCACAAAAUAACCAACGGAGCUAUUACUUUGGAGCCAUUGCACUCUGAGGCAAGGAAAAUUCGAUCUCAUUACUGACACUUUCUGUGGACUUGGCUGUAUUUGACUCGUUCUCAGUGCACUGGCAGAAGCACGGCUGGUGGAGAAAUUCAUUUUGCAAAAAUCUCUAUCCAGUAGGAGUUGAUAUUUUUGAGAAUGUUACUGGUAGGAGCCGAAUCUCCUAACAAACAUCAAAGCAUAAAUGCAAUUAAUUCCAGUUCCACCUGUCUCUGCUAGGUGGGAUCUACAGUUAAUCUCUAGAAUGCCAAGCUAAGAUAUUGGAGUUUUCAUUCUAACAUUAUCUUUGAAGCUGAAAUUAAUACAUCUUGGUUUUGAAUGUCAGGGCAGUGGAUCUGGUGGUGUUCAGGCAAACUGCUGCUCUGAUCCAUGUUCUGUUGCACAUGGAUAUUUGCACAAACCUUUCAGAUGCACAUAAAUCCUGGAUAAUCUUUGGCUUGAGACAGAACAGUUACUGCUGUUACAUUUAUAUAGACAGGAGCAAAUUGGUAUUGUUUGGAAGAUCAGAUGAUAUUUCUAUCCUAAAAUGCAAACACUAACACAUUAUGCUGUGCUGUGUAGUUUUCCUCCUAACUACAUUAAUAGCAGGGAAGAAACAUGAUUACCUGAAGCUCCAAAAUCUAUAUUUUAGAUGAGAAAUUAAAAUAGUUGAGAGUAGCAAUACAAAAAGUCGCUAUUUAAUGUUUGCUUACCUCUAGAAAUCAUUAUUUUGCUACAUAUGUGCCAACUUGAUUGAUCAAUUUACUACAAUAACAAGACGGAAUAAAACACUUAAUUUCUGUA